CAGGCAACGUCAAGAUGGCCGCGUGCAGUAUUGAAGACGUGCUCGCCAAAGUUGAGAAAGAUGAGGCUGAAAUACUCAAAAAUAUCACCGUUUACAAGGAGCUGGAGUUGGAAUUCGAUAUCGGAAACUUAGCCGCGUUUGACAAAAACCCUGCGGACGUGGGCUUAUUUCGAAAGCAUAAGAAAGAUGAGUUUCUGAGAUCACUCGCCCGGGACAACACACAGUUGCUCAUCAAUGAAAUGUGGGAACUGCCCACGGAGAGGGUGCAGGAAGCGGUGGUAGCCAAGCUACCUGAGCCCCAAACCCGUCUCCCCAGGGAGAAGCCAUUACCCAAACCCCGUCCACCAACCAAGUGGGAGGAAUUCGCGAAGCUGAAGGGCAUCCGCAAGAAAAAGAAAACCAACCUGGUGUGGGACGACGUCCACAAAGAGUGGAGGAGGCGCUGGGGGUACAAGCGGGCCAAAGACGACACCAAGGACUGGCUCAUCGAGGUCCCGGAGAGCGCCGAUCCCAACGAGGACCAGUUUGCCCGUCGCAUGAAAGCAAAGAAAGAGCGCGUGGCCAAAAACGAGCUGAACCGACUGAAAAACAUCGCAAGGGGGCAAAAGGUUAGUGUGCAAGUGCCCACCAAGGACCAGUCAAAAGCUGAACUGGGGAAAGCAAUGCAACUGGCCAGAAUCUCCACCGCUUCAGUGGGUAAAUUUCAGGACAAACUGCCAAAAGAAAAGCCGAUACGAACUGUGGGCAAAAAGAGGAGCUUCCAGCCGCUGAUCGGUGACUUUAACACGGAGAAGCAGAGACAGCUAGAUCUCCUGAAAGUGAUGGAAAGUAAGAAGCCGCGAAUGAACGUAACGAGGGCGGUGAACAGGCAGAUGCGGGAGGAGGACGCGGAGGCAGCCAGACACAAGAAGGAUGCCCGACGAGGAGGGAAAGGGGGCAAGAAAAAAGGGAGAGGAGGAGGAGGAGGGAAGGGGAGAGGUGGUCCGAAGGGCAAAAAACAUCAUGGAAAAUAGCCCCCAACAGAGAAUCGUUGAGACUCAUUACAUGCUGUGUAUACUUUUUAGAGAGGAGUUGUGCACAACCCAGAGAGGUCGCUGUCUCAUCCACUGGCUGCCUUUGACCUUUUUAUAUCGCCAGUCGAGCACCAGUUGUAAGACUAAAAACACUGACAACACAAAGCGGAGUGUACUCAACCUAAAAUCUGAAAUUGAAUUGACAAGCAUUUCCGGCGAGCAGACCAAUGACACAUGGGACUGGACGGGUCUGAAUUGCAAGGGUAUCCCGAGGUGACUAAUGCAAAUGAACGCAAUGGUACCUUUCUGUAUUUGAUAUGGUUGAAUUUCUCAGGCUUUAUCCAUCUUUUGUUUUCAUAACUUUGUCACUAUUAAUAUGUCAACCAUGCAAUUUCUAUUCCCCAUAUUUUCUUGUCUUUUGGUCAGUGACGUUUGACUGUUUUGUUUUAGUAAUUGCCAAAGUAUUGUUUGUAAAAUUAACAUCCUUGUUUUCAAGUGCCUUGUACACAUUUAGUUUUGGGUUCCAUUGAUUAAUGAUAAUUGAAAUUUAAAAAGGCAGUGAAACGGGUAUGGUACCUUCUGCGAUGUGCUGCAAAUAGAAUAUUUUUGAGUAAACAAAUGCAAUGUUUUCCCAGUCUUCUAAAUUAAAUAUAAGCUGAAGCAACUGAUGAUUUCAAUAUUGUGAAA